UGGUGGUUCUGGAAUCCUCUGGAGCCUGGGAAACCCGAGCUCGCCGCUUGCUCUCCCGUCCUCUUCCUCCCACCGCCGCCAUUGUUCCGGCCCCAAGCAAGCUCCCGCAGCCCGCUCGCUUGGUUAUCCUUUCGCCCCUCGCUCACUUCUCCCCACCGCCCAAGGAAGAGGAAGCCAACUCUCAUCUCAUAGACCUGACCUGAACCCCGCCCGCCCGUCCGUCCCCGUUCGCCUGCGUCAUUGGGAAUUCUCUCUCCCUCGAACUACGCCGCUGAUACUAUUCGAGCUGGAUGCGGCUCUAUUCACCUGCAAUCUGUUUGCGGCGAGCUGCCUCAACUAGUAUGUAUGCUCAUUCCAAUCAGUUCCAAGGAGGAGCCACACAGAGUAUGGUCUUAUGGAACUGCUCCCGACCGCAGUCAAGCCGUUCUCAUAUGACAUUGGGCGUAACCGAUUCUUCUCAUAAUAAGAACAUAAGAUCUUCUGAAGCGCAGAGUCUCAAGUACUUUGUCAGCUUAGUGGGCCGUCGAUUGCGUCGCGGAUUGUCAACCAGAGAGGGCAGUCUUAAUGUAAAGCUCGACAUGCUUUCACGUGACAGAAUGUCGGGUACUAAUUGGAAAUGGAGAGGCGUCCAUCAGAAGAUAGGAGCUACGGCUGGUGGGCUCUGCUUUGGUUUUUCAGUUUCAGGGAUCGCAAGAGCCGAGAUGCCUGUGGACAGAAAGAUCAAUUGUGCAGAAACUUCAGCGUCAUCUUCUCAUGGGAAGAAAGUCUACACGGAUUAUUCUGUCACCGGGAUUCCAGGAGAUGGGAGAUGCUUAUUCCGCUCCGUGGUUCAUGGGGCAUGCAUCCGCUCGGGGAAACCUAUCCCUAAUGAAGAUCUUCAGAGAAAGCUAGCUGAUGAAUUGAGGUCAAUGGUUGCCGAUGAAUUUGUCACUAGACGAGAAGAGACUGAAUGGUUUGUUGAGGGCGAUUUCGAUACAUAUGUUUCCCAGAUUAGGCAGCCACAUGUGUGGGGUGGUGAGCCAGAACUGUUCAUGGCUUCACAUGUUCUCCAGAUGCCAAUAACUGUGUAUAUGCAUGAUGAAGAUGUGGGUGGCUUAAUAACUAUUGCUGAAUAUGGCCAAGAGUACGGUAAAGAAGAUCCAAUACAAGUUCUGUAUCACGGUUUUGGCCAUUAUGAUUCCCUACAGAUUCAGAAGACAUAGGGGUCCGAAGACUAUAAUUUAGAAUUUGGGGCUUCGAGAUUCAGAAGGCACCGUUUCAAAAGCAUUUGAUCGUGUGUAAGUGUAAUAGCCUGGAGCCUGGAUGACUUUGUGUGCAAGCACAUGCUCGUAGAAGAUGACAAGAGAUACAAGGCAUUCCGUUAUCUGUAUGAAGCCGCCGAAGGAGCAAAAUUUGGAUGGGAGAGGGCUGAAUCCUGUUGUUGUUGUUGUGUUGUUCAUGUACUCACCUCACCGUAGGGUGUAGGGUGUCGAUAUGCGAUGUCAUCUAACUUGCUGUGGACGAAUAACAAAGACUACGGAUUAUCUAGCUAGCUAGGCGCAAGUUCUGCACGUACGUCAAUGUAAAUCAUGAGUUAUGUACAGUAUGAUCCACUGCUGCCGGCCAUCAAGAUUGUUAUGAAGCACCGCAUG